AUGCAGCCGCGACAGCCUCCGGCUUCUGCUCUUCGGUUGGCCAUGCUGCGGAUCUGCCAGCAGAAUGGAGUUGCUUACGCCGAAACUGCAGCUUUGGAUGGGCUUUCGGGAGCUGCCUCCUGCUUCCUGCAGGACUUGGCUUGGCAUGCCAGGCACCAUGCGGAAUUAGCAAAUCGGUCAAAGGUGGUUCGGACGGAUGCCACGGAAGCGGCACGCGGCGUGCUGCCCGUGCAGCUUGGAAAAAACUUGCAAGGUGUCGCUGAGGAGGACGAUGAAGAGACGGCAGGAUGGGUGAACCAGGCGCGUCCAGGAAACCUCGCCGUGGAGAACAGCGGAAGCUCGCUAAUCGAGCGCGAAGGUACUGGAAAUGUCUGGCAUUCGCAAUCUCAAGAGCUCCAAGGUUGUGCGAAACUAUGCAGAGUGGAAAACAAUGCCCUGGACCACGCCCGAAAGGAUUUGUAG